GCAGGAAAUGGCUCGACCCAACGGGUAACUGCUUCCUCCUUCAAGUCGCCCGUCUUUUCUAGAGAUUUUCUUGACUGCCGCUGCGUGAGAGGCCGGAGGGGCGUCGAGGAGGGAGUCGCGGUGCGCGCUGAGGCGUCUUCAGGCGGGGCCCAAGAUGUCGGUGGCGUUCGCAGCCCCCAGGCAGCGGGGCAAAGGCGAGAUAACGCCGGCUGCCAUCCAGAAGAUGUUGGAUGAAAAUAAUCACCUUAUUCAGUGUAUAAUGGACUACCAGAAUAAAGGCAAAACUUCGGAAUGCUCUCAGUAUCAGCAAUUGUUGCAUACAAAUUUGGUCUACCUAGCCACAAUAGCAGACUCCAAUCAAAACAUGCAGUCUAUAUUGCCACCACCACCCACACAGAAUAUGCCAAUGGGUCCUGGAGGAAUGAAUCAGAGCGGCCCUCCCCCACCUCCACGUUCUCACAAUAUGAGUUCAGAUGGUAUGGUAGGUGGGGGCCCUCCUGCACCACACAUGCAGAACCAGAUGAACGGCCAGAUGCCUGGACCUAACCACAUGCCUAUACAGGGACCUGGACCAAGCCAGCUCAGCAUGACAAACAACUCCAUGAGCAUACCUUCAAAUAGUCAUGGAUCAAUGGGAGGCUAUAAUCAUUCAGUGCCAUCUUCACAAAGUAUACCUGGACAGAGUCAGAUGACAAUAAGCCAAGGACAACCUAUGGCCAGCUAUGGUCCCAGGCCAAAUAUAAACAUGCCGCCAAAUCAAGGUCCAAUGAUGCACCAGCAACCGCCUUCUCAACAGUAUAAUAUGCCCCAGGGAGGGGGACAGCAUUAUCAGGGACAGCAGCCACCAAUGGGAAUGAUGAGCCAAGUUAAUCAAGGAAACCAUAUGAUGGGGCAGAGGCAGAUUCCUCCAUACAGACCUCCACAGCAAGGCCCACCACAGCAGUACUCAGGCCAGGAAGACUAUUAUGGGGACCAAUACAGUCAUGGUGGACAGGGUCCUCCAGAAGGCAUGAACCAGCAAUAUUACCCUGAUGGUCAUAGUGAUUACGGUUAUCAGCAACCGUCGUAUCCUGAACAAGGCUACGAUAGGCCUUAUGAGGAUUCCUCCCAACAUUACUACGAAGGAGGAAAUGCUCAAUAUGCCCAGCAGCAAGAUGCAUACCAAGCCCCACCUCAACAGCCAGGCUAUCAACAGCAACAGUACCCAGGUCAGCAGGGUUAUCCUGGACAACAGCAAGGUUAUGGUCCCUCUCAAAGUGCUGCAGGACCUCAGUAUUCCAAUUAUCCUCAAGGACAAGGUCAACAAUAUGGAGGAUAUAGACCUACGCAGCCUGGCCCUCCACAGCCCCCACAACAAAGGCCUUAUGGAUAUGACCAGGUACAGUUCUUGAAAUUACUUUUUUUGUAUGUGUAUUUAAAUGUUUACAGUUCAAAUGCUAUCCAUUUAAGUAUGUUUAUGCAUUUCAUCUAAAACAGUUUUAAAUAAGAGGUAAAAUCAAAUGACAUAUGUAUACCAUUGUGCAAGUUCUUUGUUUUUCAGGUGGCCAAACACUGAAAUUGUUUUUCCAAGCUAAUAGGCGUGUUCAUCUGCAUGGGUCGAUGAAUUGCAAUAUUCUGACUCUCUAGGUAGAUCCAAAGCAAAGAUUAUGAUUAGUAGAGAAGAUUCUUGAUAGUGCCAGCUGGUUCCAUCACUGCUUAUAUGAUCCAUAAUUUACUUUUGGUUUGUUUCACUGUCAGCCGCAGGCAAAAAUCACAUGCACAGUGAAGUAUGCUUUAAACAAGCCAGCACAGAGAAAUACAUGGGUGACAGGGAGGAGCCAACUGGCACAAUCAAAUUACUUGAUUACUCACCAUAACAUUUUUAAAAAAUAUUUUU